GCAGCUCAAACACGUGAUGGAGCAGCAGGGUGUAGUGCAGAAACAGCUGGAGCAGAUCCGGAAGCAGCAGAAAGAGCAUGCUGACCUGAUCGAGGAGUAUGGUGUGAAGCAGCAGCAGGGUGGCAGUGUCAUGCCUCCCACUGUGAUGCCAGCAGCAGUGCCAGGGAUGCCACCAAUACAAGGCGGCCCUGCCGGCAUUGUACCAAGUGGGCCUCCAAUGAACCACCCAUCUAUGAACCACAUGGUGCAGCAGGUGCCAAUCCAUYCAGGCCAGCCAAACGCCCCCCCAACACGAAUGCCCAUGCCCAACGCACCAGCAGGCUGGCAUCCUGGAGCUCCCAUGCCCAUGGGCGGACCCAAUAUGCCCCCUCAGGUUCCCAUGGGAAACCCAGCUCAGCAGCCUCAACUGCCCAUGGGCAACCUGCCUCAGCAGCCCCCACAGAUGCCCCAGCAGAUGCCUCCCCAAAUGCCCCAGCAGAUGCCUCCCCAAAUGCCCCAGCAGAUGCCUCCCCAAAUGCCCCAGCAGAUGCCCAUGGAAAACCAGCCUCAGCCUCAACCUAGCGGGGUCAAACCCCCACAGGGCUCUGGUUUGAAGUUUGACGACAACAACCCGUUCAGUGAGGGCUUCCAGGAGAGAGAGCGUCGGGAGAGGCUGAGAGAGCAGCAGGAGAGGCAGAGGGUCCAACUAAUGCAGGAAGUAGAACGUCAGCGCGCCAUAAAACAACGCAUGGAGAUGGAACAGCAAGGCAUGCUGGGGCCUGACGGGGGGAACAUGGUGCCCCUCUCUCAGAUGCCGUUCUUCAAURCUGAGCUGCCACAGGACYUCAUGCAGMAGUUAGGACCGAUGUUCCCCCUGCAGCAGCCCAUGCAGCCAGGGAUGGGCUCUCCUCCCGGGACCUUCAUACAAGGYGGAGACCGGAGGGCCAUAAUGGGUAACGGGAUGAUUCCUCAGGACACGGGACCUGGUUUUGGGCCUGAUAACAUGGUACUACAGGGUAACUUCACCCAGGGUCCACCCAGACCCCGGAGGUUCAGCGGCCCAGGCGUGAUGCCACAGAUGCCCGGAGAAGGCCCUCCAUUUGGGGKCGGCAACUCCACCACGCCCCUGCCUUCCAACUUCCCCGGCUCGGGUCAGUCUCUGAUCCAGCUCUACUCCAACAYCAUCCCGGAUGAGAAUGGCAAGAAGAAAAGAAACAGGAAGAAGAAGAAAGACAAUGACGAUGCAGAUUCUGUGAAAACGCCGUCCACGCCGCGCUCUGACCUGACUGCCCCUCUGACGCCCUGCCGGUCAGACACAUCCUCCACACCCACCAGGAACAACGCUCACCUCUUCGGGGACCAAGACCUUUCCAGGUCCCCCUUACUUGGCUCCUCCACCUCUACCCCCAGCCAUAGCCACUCAGAGCUGGAGAGGCAGCUCUCUGGAGGUCUGGGUGGAGGGCUGGGUGGUGUUGGGCAGCCUGUAGGGAUGGGUAGCCUCCCAUCAGACAUCUCCCUAGCCAGGGCCCAAGCUCUGGAGCAGGAGCGCAUCCUCAGCAACAUCAAGCUGGAGCAGACUGAGAGCACCGAGUGCCAUGGACCCAGAGAUGGCACCUCCUCGCACAUGGGCUCAGGGAUGGGCACGGUGAAGGAGGARGGUGGAGCUGCAGUACAGAGCCCCUCCCACGGCGGGGGAGCAAAAGGGGAAUCUGGGGGUAACAACGAGCUCCUCAAACACCUGUUGAAGAACAGGCAGACGCCUCUUAAUGGACCAGGGCUUCCCCACCAACGGUCAGACAAGAGCCUGAGGUCUGAGGAAGAGGAGGCGGAUGCAGACUGCAAGGCCCUGCUGCUAAGGCAGAGCUCCAUGGACAGCAACGGGGCGUACUCAGACGGACAGCUCUCUGGCCUCCCAGAGUUCCCAGGACCACUGCUCACAGGACAGGAGAAAAGGAAAGGCAGGAACAAGAGGAACCCCAAAGGAGGAGAGAGGCCCGCCUCUCGUUACAAGAAGAGGAAGAAAGAAGGGGAGGAGAAGCAACUGGUGCACUCCAGCACUGAUACACUAAUGACCCAGCUCAAACAGCAGCUGUCCCUCCUGCCCCUCAUGGAGCCCCUGAUAGGGGUGAACUUUUCCCACUUUGCCCCUUACGGCAGCGGCCAGCUGAACGGUGAGAACCUCCUGUCUGGGACAUUUGGCAGCGGCUCUCUGGACGGAGUCUCUGACUACUACUCCCAGCUCACCUACAAGCAGAACAAUCUGAGCAACCCCCCCACCCCGCCGGCUUCACUCCCUCCGACUCCUCCACCUGUAAACCGACAGAAGAUGAUCAACGGCUUUGCCACAACAGAGGAGCUAGCCAGCAAAGCUGCUGCCAUGGGGUCCAAAAAUCUGGUCUCCAAGCCGCUCCACGUCCCAUUCAGGACAGAGGAGAACCUGCUGGCCCGAGCCAUCGCUCAGGGACCUAAAACUGUGGACGUGCCAGCCUCCCUCCCCACGCCCCCUCACAACAACCAGGAGGAACUCAGUAACAGGCUUGGACAGGAGCAUUGUAAGGACCGGGACACACCAGAUAGUUUUGUCCCCUCCUCGUCCCCAGAAAGUGUGGUUGGCAUGGAGAUAAGCCGUUACCCAGACCUGUCAUUGGUGAAGGAGGAGCCCCUUUCCCCCGUCCUUCCCAUGCUCCCCACACCCUGGGGGAAAGGAUCAGAGGUUAGGCUGAAGACUGAGCUCAAGACUGAGCCCUAUGGGAUGUUCUUUGGCUCGCAUUUUGGCCCGCCGUCUAACGACAUUAAACCAGGCCUGGUGUCUGUAGCCAUCACCCUGAGACCAGCGGCUGCUGAGAACAUCACAGGUGUGGUAGCUGCCAUCUCAGAACUGCUGUGUGUGAAGAUCCCCAGCAGCUAUGAGGUGAGCAGCACCCCGGGCCCAGACAGGGGGCCCCUGGCCAUGCUCAGCGGCCUGAGGGUGGGCCCCCAAGGAGGCCUGGUGCACCGGCCGGGGGCCCCCAUGAUGUAUCCGGGCCGUGCUGGUGCUGGGGACAUGGGGGGCCCUCACCCUCACGGAGCCCCAGGCCAGCUCAUCAGGCCUGGGGGAGAAGGACCACAACAGAGGAUGAUGAUGCAACAGCAGCAGGGACAUCCACAGCAGCACAUCCGCUUCCAUCCUGAUGGACCAGGUGAGAGACUGGGCUACAUCCCUGCACCUUAUCGAUCAGAGGUUAGGCUGAAGACUGAGCUCAAGACUGAGCCCUAUGGGAUGUUCUUUGGCUCGCAUUUUGGCCCGCCGUCUAACGACAUUAAACCAGGCCUGGUGUCUGUAGCCAUCACCCUGAGACCAGCGGCUGCUGAGAACAUCACAGGUGUGGUAGCUGCCAUCUCAGAACUGCUGUGUGUGAAGAUCCCCAGCAGCUAUGAGGUGAGCAGCACCCCGGGCCCAGACAGGGGGCCCCUGGCCAUGCUCAGCGGCCUGAGGGUGGGCCCCCAAGGAGGCCUGGUGCACCGGCCGGGGGCCCCCAUGAUGUAUCCGGGCCGUGCUGGUGCUGGGGACAUGGGGGGCCCUCACCCUCACGGAGCCCCAGGCCAGCUCAUCAGGCCUGGGGGAGAAGGACCACAACAGAGGAUGAUGAUGCAACAGCAGCAGGGACAUCCACAGCAGCACAUCCGCUUCCAUCCUGAUGGACCAGGCUGUGUGUGUCUGGCCCACCAGGUCCAGCUGCACUCAGAGGCCCUCAUCAGAAGACCCCCGGCAGCCCAGGCUCCAAGCCCCAGUGGUGCUGCCACUGUAAGGUGGUGGUGCUGGGAAAUGGAGUCCGCAAGUCCAUCAAAGACCUUCCAGUACACAAACAGGAACAAGAAGGAUUGUUGCGUUCCGAGGGGAACUUGGUCUUCUGCAGCCACAGCUGCUUCCUCCUCUACUCUGCUUCCUCCUCGUCCUCCUCUUCCUCGGCAGGCCAGAACCACUACAGACUCCAAGGACACGGUAGCCCUCCUGUCUCCAGACUCGGACCAGAAAGAGAGCCUGUCGAAAACACAACACCAAUACAGCAACAACAUGUCCUCUCUGGAUGUCACUGUCUGGCCCAGUCCAGCUCAAGCAGUCCCCUCCCUCACCUCACCCAUCCCCUUCCCCCCAGCCAGUGACACCCCAAAGACCCCUAAGACAGAGGCCAAGUCAGACACCAUCAAAGUGACGGUGAAGCUGAAGGCGCGGCCCAGGGCUCAACAGGAGGGCUGGCACCAGGGGAAGAGACACAAGGGUCUCCACUGGAGGAAGUGGACAGUGCAGGUGGUGUUGCCCAGAGGAAGCUCCCAGCUCCCUGACGAGGACCAGAUAGACGAGCUGCUGAGGAAGCUGGGAGCGUCUCUCCGCCCCGGGGCCAGUCUCAGGGACCAGCGCCGCUGCUGCUUCUGUCACCAGCUGGGGGACGGGGUCACCGACGGCCCUGCCCGACUCCUCAGCCUGGACCUGGACGUGUGGGUGCCCCUCAACUGUGCCCUGUGGUCCACCGAGGUGUAUGAGACGCAGUCAGGCGCUCUGAUCAAUGUAGUGGCGCUGAGGCGGGGUUCGGCGGUCCGCUGUGCCUUCUGCCAGCAGAUGGGCGCCACCAGCGGCUGCCACCGCCUGCGCUACAACGUCUACCACUUCACCUGCGCUGAGGCACACUGCAUCUUCUUCAAGGACAAGACCAUGCUGUGCCACGCCCACCGACCCAGCAAGCACGAGCUGCGCUGCUUCGCUGUGUUCCGCCGCGUCUACAUCCAGAGGGACGAGGURAGGCAGAUGGCCAGCGCCGUACAGCAGCCCGAGCUGGGCUACACCUUCAGAGUGGGCAGCCUGGUGCUCUAUGCCGUGGGUCAGAUCAACCCGUCCCAGAUGGCCGCCUUCCACUCGGCCACAGCCAUCUUCCCCGUGGGCUACGAGGCCUGCCGCAUCUACUGGAGCAUGCGCCAUGGCAACCGUCGCUGCCGCUACCUGUGCUCCGUAGAGGAGAGGGAAGAGCAGCCGGAGUUCAGCAUCCGYGUCAUCGAGCAGGGAUACAAGGACCUGGUCCUUACUGACUCCACCCCCAAAGGAGUGUGGGAUAAGGUCCUSGGUCCGGUGGCUGACAGGAGAACUGAAAUAGGAACUUUGAAACUCUUCCCUGUCUAUCUGAAAGGAGAGGACCUGUUUGGGCUCACCGUCUCUGCAGUUACCAAGAUCACUGAAUCGCUCCCAGGGAUAGAGGCCUGUGACAGGUAUACCUUCCGUUACGGCCGUAACCCUCUGAUGGAGCUGCCCCUGAUCUUUAACCCCUCCGGCAGUGCCCGGGCCAUGCCCAAAACCAGCUCCCCAUCCACCGCCGUUGUCAUUAGGCCCCAGCCGGUAUCCAGCACCACCAAUACCUCCUCCAGGUGUCAGAACACAGCCCAGGGGGAGGGUGGUGUACCCCAUACCAAGCCACCCAUGGUGCACCACAGGUCGUCGCAGUACCGCUGGAUGAAAAGUGAGUGGAGGGCCAACGUCUACCUCGCUGCCUCCAAGAUCCAGGGCCUGGGUCUAUAUGCAUCCCGGGACAUAGAGAAACACACCAUGGUGAUCGAGUACAACGGAACUGUCCUCCGCAACGAGGUGGCCAUCAGGAAGCAAAGGACUUACAAGUCUCAGAAUCGUGGUGUGUUCAUGUUCCGCAUCGACAGUGAACAUGUCGUUGAUUCCAGUCAGACAGGGGGUCUAGCAAGGUACAUCAACCACUCUUGUACCCCAAACUGUGUCGCUGAGGUGGUAACCUUCGAAAGAGGUUAUAAAAUCAUCAUCACCUCCAACCGCAGAAUCGAGAAAGGAGAGGAGCUUUGUUUCGACUACCAGUAUGACUGUGUGGACGGCCAACACAAGAUCGCCUGUCACUGUGGAACAGCAGACUGCAGGAAAUGGAUCAACUGAGAAAAAAAUUAAAUGACAACAACAAACACAAAUGCAUUCCUUGCCAUAUUAUGCAGAUGCCCUGAUCUCUGUGUAGAAAGAGUGAGGUGCUUCAGACUUUGUUAGAACGAGCAGAAGGCCUGAGUAAACCMUAAGAGUGACGUGUGAAUGGAUUCCCAUGUUUGGAAGCAUAGACUGAAGAUGGACAGAAGGAAAGGGUGUGGAAAGAGGAGAGCAGGAAGAAACAACAGCAGAUAGACAUGUGAUUCGUGCCAUAUUACGCGAGAGGAUGGGUUUUGAUGGAAGGACUCUGUCAAUGAGUGCAGCAUCUGUGUAUUAUUGAGAUGAUAUACAGUAGGGCACAGAUGAGAAUCCACCAGCGAAUGAGGAGAGCGCACUGUGCAGGGCGUGGACCCUAUUGGUUGUUAAGGGCAGGCCCUUUUGUUAAAAACUUUAAAUGUAAAACCAUUUGACUAAAUGUAGACAUCACUGAAUGGGGAAUGUACAGCAAUGACUACCGCGAAGGGAAUAUUAACUUGCACUAAAAAAAAAAAGACACGUACACACAAACUUUAAGAUACUUGAUUCCAUGAGUCAGUUUUAUCAUAGGUUUCUGUCAUGUGAUUUGAGUGAAAUUCGAGAGGACGUUUUGUAUUUAUUAUUGAAUGAAUGAAUUUUUUUCUCAAAAUGAUGAGACAGUAAAAAGAAGGUUAAACUGAUAUUGUUUUCUGAAGAUUGAAGAAAUUCUGUUACUUGUGUACAAAUGUAUAUAAAGAARAAUAUAGGAAUAACUGACCAAAUACUACCUUAACCUUCUUGAUGUUUGGGUGUUUUUUAAUUAUUAUUUUAUUUUUUGUCAUUGCAGUUUAUUUAAGAAGGCUGUCAUAAUAUCAGUUUCAGAGUAUAUAUUAUGAUUAUUCUGUACAGAAUUUGUAAAAUAACCACAAUAAUUCACAAAGUAUUUUUGUUGUAUUAAAAGUAUGGUAUUGUAGCUUAGUGUUUUUGUGAUUUACACGUACUUUGACCACUCAAAAAGAAAUAUUUUUGGUGACAGUGUGGAAAUUAGUUAUUGGUUAAAGAAUAAAAAAUGGUAAAGACAUCAUUCUGACAUCUUUACUGUUAAUCAGGUUUGAUUUUAUAGAGCUGUGAAAAAGGUUUUAAACCACCCAAACACAAUUUUAACUUCUUUUUAACCCAAAUAUGUGUAGGAAUAUAACCUUGUUUUUUCUGUUKGUUUUUUUACAUAGAAAUUGUGUACAGACGUCGUAUGACAUUGCUUACUGCUUCAGGCGUUUGAAAUUAAAGUGUACUGAAAAAAUAAAAUAAUGUUUGUUGCAGAGGAAAAGGUCUGGACAUUUGGUGGUGCUACAUUUUGAAAAGAGAUGACAUUCUACUUAAUCAGAAAUGUAUGUGAUAUUGACACAUCACAAGUCACAUACAGUAGUUAGAAGAUGUUUUGCGAGCACAAUUUCAACUCGACUGUAAAAUAUUGGAGACAGUCUUAGAACUUGUAAUGUAUAUGGCAUGUAUUUUUUUAACUUUCUGAAGACUCAAUUGUAUAUAUUUUCUCAAUGAAUGGUUGUAACAAAAUUGUUUCUUGGAUAUUUUUCUUCUCUUGUAUAAAAUGACAUCAUCCUA